CUUGUGAUCCGCCCGCCUCGGCCUCCCAAAGUGCUGGGAUUACAGGCGUGAGCCACCGCGCCCGGCCCAUCCUUGUAGUCUUGUCUUGUCCCCUACCAUCCAGAGGUUACAUGCUCCAAGUAAUCUAAUAAUAAUAAAAGUAAUGACGAUCUGAGGCAGAGUGGUGGUAAAAGGAAUGGAAAGGAGAGCAUGGGUGCAAGAACAUUACAGAAGUGGACUGUAUAGGACUUGAUUAAGUAGAUACUGAGGGAUGGAAGCAGACCAAAAUGUAUCUGAGGUUUUAAGCCUGGGUGGUGCCAUCAGCCAAAAUAGCUGGAAAGAGGAACCAUGUUUAGUGUGAAAAUAUUUUCAGUUUUGGGUUGACUGCUUGUUGAUGUAACUAGGGAACUCAGGUGACUUAUACAUUGGAUUCCAGAGCUCAGAGACUGAUCAGAGCACAAGAAACAGAUUUCAGAGUCACUUUCAUAGUGGUCCGAUUGGAGGCUGUGCAGGAUGAGAUUGCCAAGGAAGAGCUUAGAAGUAGCCACCAGUGAAGACUAUAAGCUCCUGGAAAAUAUGAAUAAACUCACCAGCUUGAAGUAUCUUGAAAUGAAAGAUAUUGCUAUAAACAUUAGUAGGAAUUUAAAGGACUUAAACCAGAAAUAUGCUGGACUACAGCCUUAUCUGGAUCAGAUCAAUGUCAUAGAAGAGCAGGUAGCAGCUCUUGAGCAGGCAGCUUACAAGUUGGAUGCAUAUUCAAAAAAACUGGAAGCCAAGUACAAGAAGCUGGAGAAGCGAUGAGAAACUUAUUUUUAUGGGACAGAGUCUUUUUUUUUAAUGUGGAAGAAUGUCUUAUAAAACCUGAAUCCUGAGGCUGAUGAAUUGUGAAAACUCCUCAAAAGGAAACUAUGCUGGUCAUCCCAGGAACAUCUCAACGUUAGAGUAAACUGGAGGACUGUGGCUAUUCCUGAACCUUCUUUGAGGCAGAAUCCCUCAGAAUCUCACACUUAUAACUCCCUACCUUUUACUUGAAUGCUUUACCAUAUUCAGGACAGAGACUCUCACAAAGUUCAGAAAACAGCUGGGCUUACCAGUAAAAUAAAAUGAGAGGACCUAUUUUCUCUGGUAGUGGUUGAUUACUACAUUAUUUUCUUAAGUGGCUGGUUUUUGAGUUACUAUGUAAAUGGCUGUUUUUUCUGUUAAUGAUGCUAAUGUGUUGUAAACAAGAUUCUAAAUUUAAAAAGGAAAACAAACUUGUUCUUUGCAGCUUAUCACCUUGUGAAUGUUGGUAACUUACUUUUCCAUAAUAUUGCAAAUAACAUAAAAUGUUAAAAUAAUUCCAAGCUGAGUCUUCUAGAUUGAGCAGAAAUGGUGAAAGGAGUAUUGAUAACUUGGCAUAUGUGAUGGGCCCUUCUUGUUUAUUUUCUGUGUGAGUCAGAUUGACAUGUGGCCAGUUUUGGAAAUGUGAUGAAAACAAAGACUAGAUGGGUAUGUGUGUUUAUGUGUUGGGUGGGGAGUUGAGGAUUGCCACUUAUAAAAUAAAGGAUUUUAUAAAAUGCC